AGGACAGUUCGUUGACCUUUUAUCGGAAAUCUUGGUGUAAUAAUUUUUGCCCAACAAGAAUUAGCAAAAGAUAUUUUUCUGAUUUCGUUUUUCUGUCUUCCUCUUCGCCCGCUUCUGCUCAAGUCCUUCGAAGUUGCAAUCCCCUGGUUUCUCUCAAAUGAUGUUCUGCUAUUCCUAUGUGAUCAAUUCUUGAAAGAUAUAUGAAUGUGGUUACAAGACAUGGCUGAUCAGCUGGGAAAUUUUGUGAGGUAACAAACACAGUUGAUUGCAAGAUAACAGUUGUUGAGAUAUGAAGGAGAAGAGAGUGACUAACAUUUACAGGUUGGAUGAUCUGGACUCUAGGCUCUCUUCAUCUUCUGAUACUCGAGUUAAGAAAAGUGGAUUUAGUAUUGAGAAAUUAAACCAUGGUAGCCAUGCAAGCACUGCAACCUCUAGGUCUUUCAAAAGAGGAAUGAUGAAAGGGUCUGAAGGACUGAAGUCAAUUGGACGAUCACUUGGAUUCGGGGUAUCUAAGGCAGUAUUCCCUGAAGAUCUAAAAGUGUCAGAGAAGAAGAUAUUUGAUCCUCAAGACAAAUUUUUACUCCAAUUGAACAAACUUUUUGUUGUCUCAUGCAUUUUGGCCGUGUCUGUGGAUCCAUUAUUUUUCUAUCUCCCUGUCAUCGAUGAUCCAUCUAACUGCCUUGGUAUAGAUCGAAAAAUGGCAAUCAUUGUCACCACCUUGAGGACAGUUAUUGAUGUUUUCUAUCUUAUACACAUGGCUCUCCAAUUCCGCACUGCCUAUAUUGCCCCAUCGUCUCGUGUCUUUGGACGGGGGGAGCUUGUGAUAGAUUCAACACAGAUAGCCACGCGAUACUUACGGCGGUAUUUCAUUGUUGAUUUUCUAUCUGUGCUGCCCUUACCACAGGUUGUGGUUUGGAGAUUUCUUGAAAGAUCAAAAGGCUCCGAUGUAUUAGCAACAAAGCAGGCCUUGCUGUUUAUUAUCUUACUACAGUAUGUUCCUAGGUUUCUUCGGAUGUUACCACUGACUUCAGAACUUAAGAGAACAGCUGGUGUCUUUGCUGAAACUGCAUGGGAAGGUGCUGCAUAUUAUUUGCUGUUAUACAUGCUUGCCAGUCAUAUAGUUGGGGCUUUUUGGUACUUGUUGGCUGUUGAACGCAAUGACUCAUGCUGGCAGAAGGCAUGUACGAAUGGGUGCAAAAAGGAUUUCUUGUAUUGUGGUAACCAGUUUAUGGAAGGUUAUAAUGAGUGGAACAAAACAAGUGAUCAAAUUCUUAAGGAACAUUGCUCUGCCAAAGAUGAUUCGCCUUUUGAUUUUGGAAUUUUUAAACAAGCAUUGUCAUCUGGCAUUAUUUCAUCAAAAAAGUUUGUCUCCAAAUACUGUUAUUGUUUAUGGUGGGGCCUCCAGAAUUUGAGUACACUUGGCCAGGGGCUUGAAACCAGCACUUAUCCUGGGGAAACCAUCUUUUCAAUAGCACUAGCCAUAUUUGGCCUUAUCCUCUUUGCACUUCUAAUUGGUAACAUGCAGACGUAUCUUCAAUCUAUUACCAUAAGGCUUGAGGAAAUGAGAGUCAAAAGGCGUGAUUCAGAACAGUGGAUGCAUCACCGCUUGCUCCCACCAGAGCUGAGAGAGCGGGUUAGACGCUAUGAUCAAUAUAAGUGGUUAGCAACACGUGGUGUGGAUGAAGAAAGUUUGGUUCAGACACUUCCAAAGGAUCUUAGAAGAGACAUCAAGCGUCACCUGUGUCUGGCUUUAGUGAGAAGGGUUCCACUGUUUGAGAGUAUGGAUGAGAGACUGCUUGAUGCCAUUUGUGAAAGACUGAAACCUUGUUUAUUUACUGAGAAUACUUACAUUGUACGGGAAGGAGAUCCAGUUGAUGAGAUGCUUUUCAUCAUUCGUGGUCGACUCGAAAGUGUUACUACAGAUGGUGGUAGAAGCGGAUUUUUCAACCGUGGUUUCCUUAAAGAGACUGACUUCUGUGGGGAGGAGCUUUUAACCUGGGCACUGGAUCCUAGAUCUGGUUCUAAUCUCCCAACUUCUACUCGAACAGUUAAGGCAUUAACAGAGGUUGAAUGUUUCGCCUUGAUCGCAGAUGAGUUAAAAUUCGUUGCUAGUCAGUUUAGGCGCCUUCAUAGUAGACAGGUUCAACACACAUUCCGGUUCUACUCACAGCAAUGGAGGACAUGGGCUGCCUGCUUUAUUCAAGCAGCAUGGCGGCGAUAUUCUAAAAGGAAGGCCAUGGAGCUUCGUCGAAAGGAAGAACCUGAGGAGUCAGAAGGAACUCAAAGUAAUGUUAGUGGCAGUUCAUACAGCAUUGGUGCUACCUUCUUAGCUUCAAGGUUUGCAGCCAAUGCUCUUCGGGGCAUACAUCGCAAUCGGAAUGCUAAGACUGCGAGGGAGUUGGUGAAACUACAAAAACCUCCAGAACCUGACUUUACUGCUGAUGAUGCAGAUUAAAUUUUCUUGUAUAAUUAUUCGCCUGAAAUACUUGUUAUCAUUGACCAGCUCUGUUUUGGUUGGACUUGUCAAGAAAGUGUUGUACAAGCAAUGUAUUAUAAAUUCAUGUCAGUUAUUGUAUUGAGACAUGGAAGAGGUGUAAAGACUCUUGUCUGUUCCCUUGUAAAUCCAGCUCAAAUGGACUGUUCUAUAAGGUCUGCCAAUGUUUAUGUUAUUGAUGCCCUUUUGUGUAUCAGUAAUGGUCACACACACACACAUAUAUAUGUUGGUUGAGUCGGUCUCUUUCAAUGAACUUACGGCAUCCUUAGAUAUAGCAGAUCUAUAUAUUUAUGUAUUAAAUCAAACGUUUGUUUGGGUAUUCUAUUAAA